AUGAAGUACUUCAGAAUUAUGAACAUGAAGCCCCGGUUUCGAUUCCUGCUAACUUGCAAGAACUCACCGAUUCACGGUGCCCCUUUUCCCAAGUCUCGCAAUUUUUCGUCCACCACCACGAGUUUGUCUAAUUUCCGCUCAAGCACCCACAAAGUUGAUUCCAAUCCCUUUUCGCCCCCUUUUUCCGGGUUCAAAUCCAUCUGGGGUCAAUCAAGAACUCUCUCAACCUCUAAUCUAAGCAACAUAUCCCUUUAUCCGUUUGCCUGCUAUUCGUCGGAUGUCCGCAGCUAUUCGACCUCGAUCGAGAGCCGUACAAACGACAAGAAUUUCGAGAGGAUAUACGUGCAGGGCGGGCUUAAUAUCAAGCCAGUAUUGGAUAAUGUCGAUUUGGAUGAGAGCUCCACGAAGAAGGGGGACGAUAGUAGGGUAGAAUUCGAGGAUUAUAGGACUAAUGGUGUUAAAAAUGAGGGUUUGAAUGAAAUUAGGGUGGGUCGGGAUGAGGAUGAGGUCGAAAAGGAGGCGUGGAGGCUGCUGAGGAAUGCUGUCGUGAGCUACUGCGGGAGCCCAGUGGGGACUCUGGCGGCGAAUGAUCCUAAUGAUAAGCUUCCGCUCAAUUACGAUCAGGUGUUCAUUAGGGAUUUUGUGCCCUCGGCUUUUGCCUUCUUGCUCAAGGGUGAGGGAGAGAUUGUGAGGAAUUUCAUGCUUCACACCCUGCAGCUGCAGAGCUGGGAGAAAACUGUAGACUGUUACAGUCCGGGACAGGGAUUGAUGCCAGCAAGUUUCAAAGUUAGAACUGUGGCUCGCGAUGAUAAUAAUUUUGAAGAGAUUCUCGAUCCUGAUUUUGGCGAGUCGGCCAUUGGCCGUGUGGCCCCUGUGGACUCUGGACUUUGGUGGAUUAUCUUGUUGCGAGCUUAUGGGAAACUUACGGGGGAUUACUCAUUACAAGAAAGGGUCGAUGUCCAGACAGGAAUGAAACUGAUACUUAACCUCUGUUUGUCUGAUGGGUUUGACAUGUUUCCCUCUCUACUUGUCACAGAUGGGUCAUGCAUGAUAGAUCGGCGUAUGGGCAUUCAUGGUCAUCCACUUGAGAUUCAGUCUGUUUUCUGUUUUACUGAAGUGGAUCAAGUGGUAGGCAUAGUCCAUUAG